GUUAAGCUAAAAACAGUGCCCGAAGUGUAAACAAACAAGAAACACAGCUGAGCGGACUAUUGCAAAAGCCACAGCUAACGAUCAUAUAUGUCGUGUUUUUUUUAAAUGACCUCAAAUUAUUGAGUACAGGCAACUGUUUGCAUGUUUUGCUUUAUCGGGAUUUAACAAACUCAAAGGUCAAUAUUUAAAGUUAUACAUUUAUUUCAAACUAAAAUGACAACAAAUGGAGCUGCAAGAGUGGAAAAUGAUGAUUGGAAAAAGUCAACAAUAUCUCGAAAAUUUCCAACAUAUCGCCGUAAGCCAAUUGUCACCAAUCGGAGCUGGCUAAAGGGAAAACAACUCGACGAUGAGGCCGAAGGUCUCUGGCGUAUAUAUGACAAUUUAUAUGAUUUGACGGAUUUUGUGGCUAAACAUCCUGGUGGCUCAUUUUGGUUAGAGCGGACCAAAGGUACCGACAUCACCGAACCCUUUGAGACACACCACAUUAAAGGUGUACCUCAAUCAAUAUUAGAUAAAUAUUUUGUGCGCAAAGCUGCAAAACCACGUAAUUACACUUUAACAUUGAAGGAGAAUGGAUUUUAUCGUACUCUGAAGAAACGUGUAGCGGAGCAAUUGAAACAUUUGGAUUAUUCGCCGAAGAGAAGAAGCUUUCUCUAUCACAUGGGCCUUCUUUGUGCUACAGCGUUAUUUACGCUAAUGACGGCCAGACAUAACAAUAUAAUUUUUGAAUUAUCUGCCGCUCUAUCUCUGGCUUGGUUGAGCAUUGCUGCCCAUAAUUACUUCCAUCAGCGUGACAAUUGGCAAAUGUACACCUUCAACUUGACACUAAUGAAUUUUAACGAUUGGCGCAUAUCUCAUGCUAUCUCCCAUCAUAUCUAUACGAAUUCAUUACAUGACUUGGAAAUGUCAAUGUUUGAACCAUUCCUAUGCUGGGUGCCCAACAAGUAUAUUGCUUCGAAAGCUAGACGUUACAUAUCGCUACUAGUACAGCCGCUGAUCUAUGCGGGCAUUUUUCCAUUACACCUGAUUCAAAGAACCUUACGCUCACUAUUUGCCAAGAAUGAGUUGUAUUGGCACGAUGCAAUUGGAUUGACUUUACCACUUGCAAUGAUGGCCGUUUCACCCACUACUCCCGUAGAUGCUCUGAUCAAAUGGGCUCGUAUUAUAGGAACUUCAAGUUUCAUUUUCGGUCUUAUUGGUUUAAAUGCUUCUCACCAUACACCGGAUAUAUGCCAUGAUGGUGAUGCCUUGCGAGAAGAUCGCGAUUGGGGACUCUAUCAAUUGGACACCAUUAUCGACCGUGGCGACAUCAAAAAGUCUCAUUUCAUGAACCUAACACACUUUGGAGAUCAUGCCCUGCACCAUUUAUUCCCCACUCUGGACCAUGGAAUAUUGCCACAAUUGCAAUCGAUAUUUUUGGAAACCCUUAACGAGUUCCGCGGAGAACUUAGAGAGAUAACCUUUUGGGACCAUAUCAUUGGGCAAAGUAAACAAUUGUUAAGGACCCAAGUGAAUAACAUACCACCAGACCAAAGAAAUACCAAAAAUUAUGAUAAAUAGGAACCUCGUAGAACAUUAAGUGUAAAUUUUGGUUCUAGUCGUUAAGGUCAGUUUGUACUACUAAGUUAUUUUUUGUGUUUUUUUUACUUCGUCAUGGUGAUUAAAUUGAAAUAAAAGCUUUUUGCAGCACAACUAA